AUGAAAGCUUCAAAACUCCUCACCGUUCUUUUCGUCUUCUGCAACGUUGCUCUGCCCGUAUAUUCUUUGUCGUGCUACAGAGUAUCCUCGAUUGAAAAUGGCAUUGUCGAGAACAAGAGCAUGUGUACCGCCUACUAUGAAACUGUCUCUGGAGAAGCCGCGUUUGGAGGAGCAAACGUAACCCCUGCUUUUCGUCAAAAAGCCAAGUUCAAUUUCGACUUGGAGGAGGAUUGUCAACUUCAAAGAGUCAAACUCAUCGAUGGCUCCGGUUACACCGGCAUUUGGGCGUGUUUCUGUGCAACUCCGAUGUGCAAUUAUCCUUUCUCGUAUGCGGAGUUUGCAUCCCGCGGCCACACCCUGCGCCCGGUCCCACUUCCGAUUGAAUCGCAAUGA